ACCUCCAAACCAAAACGGUCUACACUGUGGUCGCUCAGAACCGAAGAUGAGGUCGAUGGGUUUCGCUUCUGUCUUCGCCAAUGGUUGCCGGAGUUUCAGUGCCCCUGCGGCCCACGCGCGCACAUUAGCACUCGCCCCUGUCUCUCUCAAUGGACAGCGCAAGAAGCUUGUUCAGGUGGCAUGGAAUUCUCCGAGUCCAAAUAAAAGAACCUUUAAAUGUGAAUCCGCACUACCAGAUAUUACCCGGACAGCUCCCGCUUCUUCCGUUAAUGGCUACCCUGAAUAUGAUCGCUUACUUCCAUGCCCCUCACACAAUAUAGCUCCAAGAGUUGAGCACUUGGUUGUUAGAGAAGGAGUGCGUGUUCAAGAUUAUAUCUGUAAAGCUUUGGAUCUUCCUCCUCUGUUUGUUGCAGAUCUCAUCCAUUUUGGGGCUGUAUAUUAUGCCCUUGUGUGCCCACAACCUCCUCCAAAUGCAACCCCAGAGCAAAUAAAUGUUUUUAAAGAAGUGACAGCACCAUCAGUUUUGAAAAAAAGAGCUUCCAUCAAAGGCAAAACUGUACGAGAAGCACAGAAGACUUUCAGGAUAACUCAUGUAGACCAAUUUGUUGAAGCUGGAACAUACUUGCGUGUGCAUGUACAUCCAAAACGUUUCCCAAGGUGCUAUGAAAUUGAUUGGAAAUCAAGGAUUAUAGCUGUGACUGAAUCCUACGUGGUUUUGGACAAACCUUCUGGUACAUCAGUAGGAGGAACUACAGAUAACAUUGAAGAAAGUUGUGCAACCUUUGCUUCUCGUGCCCUGGGAUUAAAAACGCCGCUGAAGACUACUCAUCAGAUUGAUAAUUGCACAGAAGGAUGUGUGGUGUUAGCUAGGACCAAGGAGUAUUGCUCUAUUUUUCAUGGAAAAAUUAGAGAGAAAAAGGUGAAGAAACUUUAUCUUGCUCUUGCUGCUGCUCCUAUGCCGGUUGGAACAAUUACUCACUAUAUGCGUCCAAUUAACAUGGCUCCAAGACUCAUUUCGGAAGAUUUUAUUGAAGGAUGGCACUUGUGUAAACUUGAGAUCAUGGAAUGCAGGAAGGUUCCUUGGCCAAAUCAAGUCACUGAAGAGAAAUAUUGCAUUGAAGAUUGUCACUGGCCUUCAAAAGAUUAUGCAUAUGAGUGUAAAAUCAACCUUCUGACUGGUCGGACCCAUCAGAUUCGAGCACAGUUAGCCGCCUGUGGUGCACCAAUAGUGGGUGAUUCGAUGUACAUGCCAGCUGCUAUUGCAGAGAUCACCAAUACUGGGGUGAACCCAUUUGGAAAAUGCAGAAAAAGCUAUACAAGUGAGAACGAUAAAGCAAUUGCUAUUACAGAGUGGAUUGCUCAUCAUGGAAAGGAACCUAGUGUUGCUAUAGGUCUUCAAGCAUGCCAGAUAUCGUGGGAUGAUGGGAAACACAUAUAUGAGGCUAGAUCUCCUUGGUGGAGAUAUCGAGAAACUUAAAAGAAGGGAUAUGGAUUUGAUGAGCAAGAUCAGAUAAUUACUUAAGCUGAAAUUCAUUUCUGAGUUAGUAAUGAUCUUUGUUAGCGGUUGAAGUUCUUCACAUUGGUGGUACUCGGCAUUGAAUUUACCUCUCAUGAAAGUAAUUUGGUGAUGAAAAUAUGCGAUAUGUGCCCUUGAGCAGGCAUGCGCAAUUGAGCAGGCAUGCAUGUUGACAGGGAAGUCUUAUUUAUAGAGACAUGAGUACUGAUAAUACGAGGACACUAAUGACUUGUGGCAUGUCACAUCUCACUGUGAUGGAAACAGAGCUUGGCAUGGUUUUAAGAAGGCAGAACGUGAGUGCCCAGCUCUGCUUAGGUACUGAUUUAUUUUGUAUGUGAAGCAAAUCUAUUCACUCUAAAAAGUAGUUCCAUACUUUUGUCGGUUUUUAUUUGUUGGUUGGUGGUGGUGGUGGUUGUGGUGGGGAGUUCAUAUAGAUGAUUCUGUGUACCAGUAUGACAUACUUCUUCUAGCAUGAUAGCUGCCUAUAAGCAUUGACACAUGCACCCAAAUCCUUUUCUCAACAUCACAUAAUCUUGUUGCCAAACAGUUUGAAUGGUAGAAAAACUUUUGAAAUGAGAGAAAACGAGAAGAUGAUGGCAAAAAUAAUUAGUAAUGAUAAAAGUUUACUAAGUCUCCAACGUGAGGGUAUUAAUCCUUUUAUAGGCUUGAGGAAAGUUACCAUGGAGUGAAGCCAGAUACGGAUUUUUUUCCUUUCAUGUGAUUAAAGUUGACCUCACAUUUGUAUAUCAUGUCUAUAUUUGAUGGUGCGGUUUAAUUUUAAUUAUAAUUAUUAUUCUUAUCAUUUA